GCUGCAAGAUGUUGGGAAGACUCCGAAUUUGGGCGAGAAUUGAUUUAUCAGCUGACCUCGUCGUCGCCGUCACGUGGCGCUGGCGUCAGCGGCGGCAACAGGGGGAACUUUUUGAAAAACAAAAUAAGAGCAGCUGGUCCGGUGCGAUGAACAUUUUCGUCACACACCGGGCCAUAUUUCUGUCUGAAAACUUGCGCAAAGGAGCUUCGUUCGCCAGGCAUUGGCUGCUCGCCGACCUCCGUCGAAGGCCACUCGAUCAGGCAAACAUGAGUCUGUACCUCCACAUUCGUCGUCUGCACACCUGCGGAUUGUCCUUCAGGACGACGGGAAAGGAAGCCGCCCCGUCGAGACCGUUUUUCGUGUUCUGGCGGCCGUACAGAAGCACCCCAGUUGCGAGUCAAGAGGCCAAAGGUCUCGGUGCGGUGGCAGACAAAAAAGCUGAGGCAGUCAAAAUCAGCAAGACAGAUUUAAAGCGACUUGUCGCACUGGCCAAACCAGAGAAAUGGAAAUUGACUGCUGCAAUGGUUCUGCUUCUUGGGUCAAGCACUGUAUCCAUGGCUGUUCCAUUCUCCCUUGGGAAAGUGGUCGACAUUCUCUACACGUCAGUAGGAGGACAACCAGCAGACAAACUCCUUCCCUUGUGCACUGUUCUCUUAGGAGUUUUCGCUAUUGGGUCUUUGUGCAAUUUCGGACGGGUCUACCUGAUGAAUGUUUCCGGCCAAAGAAUUACUAACAGACUGAGGCAUAUGUUGUUUGGCUCAGUUUUGAAACAGGAAAUGGCAUUUUUCGACAAAACGCGCACAGGAGAAUUGCUGAGUCGACUUUCCGCAGACACAACCUUGGCCGGUCAAGCCCUUAGUCAAAAUCUGUCUGACGGUUUGAGGUCAGGUAUAAUGGCCAUUGCAGGCGUUUCAAUGAUGUUCUAUUUGUCCCCGAAACUUGCACUGGUCGGAUUGGGAGUUGUUCCGCCUAUGGCUGCUAUGGCAGUUAUUUACGGAAGAUACUUAAAGAAAAUUACAAAACAAACGCAGGAUGCCUUAGCAGACGCAUCUCAGUUGGCCGAAGAGCGAAUAUCAAAUGCAAGAACAGUCAAGUGCAGCAGCAGAGAAGUAGCAGAGAUCGAAAGUUACAGGCUAAGAUUGGAAAAAGUAAUCCAACUUGCGCUGAGAGAAUCAAUGGCUAGGGGGAUUUUCUUUGGAAUGACUGGCUUCAGUGGAAAUGUGGUGAUCCUUCUUGGCCUAUUUUAUGGAGGCACGAUGGUCACAGCCAACGAAAUCUCCCCUGGCUCUCUUUCCGCUUUUCUUCUCUACGCAGCUUAUGUCGGAGUUGCUGUCGGAGGCCUGGGCUCGUUUUACUCUGAAUUAGCCAGAGGACUUGGGGCCAGUGGCCGACUUUGGUCUAUUUUGGAUAGAGAACCUGCUUUGCCAAUAUCAGGUGGUUUGAUGCCUCAAGAGGUGCCCAUCGGAAAAAUCACCUUCAGCAAGGUCGGUUUCAACUACCCUUCGAGGCCAGAGGUCAAUGUGUUGAGUGACCUCGAUUUGGAAGUGGCCGCUGGAAGAGUGACUGCUGUGGUGGGCGCGAGUGGCUCUGGCAAAUCAACCCUGGCUCUCUUAUUUUUGUCUCUCUACAAAGCAGACCAGGGUCAAGUUCUGCUCGAUGGAGUAAAUGUGCUUGACUUGGACCCCAGGUGGCUUAGGGCACAUGUUGGAUUGGUUCCUCAGGAUCCGGCUCUGUUCUCGGGGUCUGUCCGAGAUAACAUUUUAUAUGGUGCGCCUGAUUCACUUUUAAGCCAACCCGAUCAAGUGGAGAAAAGAUUGAUUGAAGCAGCAAAAGAAGCAAACGCUUUGAGCUUCAUUGAAAAUUUACCUCAGGGAUUUGACACCGAGUUGGGCGAACGAGGAGUUACUUUGUCCGGAGGCCAAAAACAAAGACUGGCGAUUGCGAGGGCUAUUGUCAAAAACCCAAGGGUUUUACUAUUGGAUGAAGCCACAAGUGCCCUGGACGCAGAGAGUGAAGCUUUAGUUCAGGAGGCUCUUGAAAGAGUUAUGAAGGGCAGGACUGUACUUACAAUUGCGCACAGAUUAUCGACAAUAAGAAAUGCAGACAGCAUUGCCGUGUUGCAAGGUGGUCGAGUUGUGGAGCAGGGAAGCUAUGAUCAACUUAUGUCUAUAGACGACGGUGCUUUCAAAAAGUUAGUUCAGCACCAAACUUUCCAAGAAAUGCCAUCAGCGGCAAUUCAAUUAGAAAGUUAGCAAAGGACAGCUUGACGAAAGAGCGACGGCGGAACGUAACUGUUGAGUGUUCGACUCGUGUAAGACACGAGCGCAUUUUUAUCGCCCACAAAAGCGAAUUACAAAUUUUUUUCACUCCUAAAUAUUUCGGGCUAUAUAAAUUUAUCACCUUGUUGUUUAUUUUAGAUUGAAUAUUUUAUGACGUGUGUAAAUAAAUUAAGGAAGUAAAUGAAAAGACAAAUUUAUAGUUAUUUUAAAUUUUAGGAAACCGUGUUUUGCUCAAGGAUGCUUUUGUAUAUUCCAGCGGCAAUAAUUUGCUUUUUGUUUUUAUCGUCCUGUGCUGAUAUUUUACUGCCAGUAGAACAGUAAAAAACAAGAUCAUAAAGUUCAUGCAGCAGAGUGCUCUGCGUGCAUUCUAAAAUAUGAAUGUGGCAACACCUGAAAAAUUAUUUGGUAAACAGCCGCAGGAAAACUGCUUCCGAGAAACGCUGUCAGAUUUAAAUUUAUACAAGGGCUGCUGCCCCGGGGUGGUUAUUGCGAAUAUAUCAGCAGCGUUUCAAUUAUGUAGAGCGUUCUCGGUAGAAGUAUAGUGUGUGAUGCUUAACAGGGGGAUAAUGGAUAGCUGCGAUGCGAGAUCAGUUCUGGGAAACUGCCUGGACGCAAAGGAGGAAAGUUUGCCGCAACAUUCAUUACAUCAAACAAACGGCUUUGUUUCCCGGCGCGCUUCACAAUUAAAUCGAUAAAAUUGCUGGCGGUUGUCGCGAU